AGCCGGGAAAGGGCCGAUACAAGAGUAGUUGUGGCAGCAGAGGGUACGAUGUUGGACAUAUUCCGCGGCCUGAAGAGCCUGAUAAAGAUCUCGCAUAUUCACAUCGACACCGCGGUGUUUCGCCUCCACUACAGCCUGACCGUCAUACUGUUGAUAGCCUUUUCCCUGAUAGUCACCACUCGGCAGUACGUCGGCAAUCCCAUCGAUUGCAUACACAGCAAGGAUUUGCCGGAGGACGUGCUCAACACGUACUGCUGGAUACACAGCACGUACACCAUCACCGCGGCGUACAAGAAGAAGGAGGGCUACGAGGUGCCCUUCCCCGGGAUCGACAACUCGAGGUCGUAUCCCGAGAGCGAGAGGAAGGAGUACAGGUACUACCAGUGGGUCUGCUUCAUGCUGUUUUUGCAGGCGAUCCUGUUUUACACGCCGCGAUGGCUGUGGAAGGGCUGGGAGGGUGGCAAGAUCCACGCUCUCAUGAUGGACCUCGACAUCGGGCUGUGCUCCGAGGUCGAGAAGAAGCAGAAGAAGAAGAUGCUGCUCGACUAUCUCUGGGAGAAUCUGCGCUUCCACAACUGGUGGGCGUACAGGUACUACCUCUGCGAGACCCUCGCCUUCCUCAACGUCGUCGGCCAGAUGUUCCUGAUGAAUCGGUUCUUCGACGGAGCCUUCCUGACCUUCGGCAUCGACGUGCUGCGCUUCCUCGAAUCGGAUCAGGAGGACCGCGUCGAUCCAAUGAUCUACGUGUUCCCGCGCAUGACCAAGUGUACCUUUUACAAGUACGGGGUGAGCGGCGAGGUCGAGCGCCACGACGCCGUGUGCAUACUACCCCUGAACGUCGUCAACGAAAAGAUCUACGUGUUCCUCUGGUUCUGGUUCCUCUUUCUCGGCCUGCUCAGCCUGCUCACCGUCAUCUACAGGAUUAUAAUAAUAUUCUCGCCUCGGACGAGGGUCUACCUGCUGCGGUUGAGGUUUCGGCUGGUGCGCCGCGAGGCCGUCGAGACGAUAGUCAAGCGGAGCAAGGUCGGCGAUUGGUUUCUCCUGUACAUGCUGGGCGAGAACCUCGACACCGUCAUUUACAGGGACGUCAUGCACGAUUUGGCCAAUCGGCUGGCCUCGAGGCAUCACCACAGCGUGCCCGGCGUCAAGGGCGAGCUGCAGGAGGCCUGAUUGCGGGAGAGAGACGCUGGCAGAGACGCGCCGCUCGUCCCUUCUCGAUCCGGCAGGCG